CCCCACCGGCCCCGGCCUCCCGCCAGGACCCCGCUUCCUUUGUGGAUCUGAAUGAUUUUGGGGGGCCUCCUCCCUCCCUCUUGAGAUUACGGUGCCGGAAGGCCGACCCGCCACCUCGGUCAGUGCCCCCCGCCCGGGUAACGUCCCUCGUUUUGUACCUCCCCGCCGGCGCUCCCCCCGCCCCCGCUCCUGUCGGUGUUUGACUGAUGGGUUUUUUUUAGUUUUUUCCCUUUAUUUUUCUCGUCUCCUGACUGGAAGGCCCCGCGCGAGGCUCUGCGCCCGGGCCCCUCCUCGUCCUUUCCUCACCCUUGCACAAAUAGCCAAACCCCCAGCCCCCCGGCCGGCGAUGGCGCGACAGUGAGGGCGGCGAGGCCGGACCACGCUGGGACAGUGCCCGCGCCCCGGCGGGCGUGAGCACACACUCCCCCGCUCUGCGCCCCUCUUUUUCGUCUUCCGAGCUCUCUGAGAAGAGAGAAGACGCAGGGGAAGAUGUGGCUGAAGCUCUUCUUCCUGCUCCUCUAUUUUCUGGUCCUGUUCGUCCUGGCCAGGUUUUUUGAGGCCAUUGUGUGGUAUGAAACUGGCAUCUUUGCCACCCAACUGGUGGAUCCGGUGGCGCUGAGCUUCAAGAAGCUGAAGACCAUUCUGGAGUGCCGGGGGCUGGGAUAUUCAGGGCUGCCCGAGAAAAAGGAUGUCCGGGAGCUGGUGGAAAAGUCAGGUGACUUGAUGGAAGGUGAGCUCUAUUCUGCACUCAAGGAAGAAGAAGCAUCUGAAUCCGUUUCUAGUACCAAUUUCAGUGGUGAAAUGCACUUCUAUGAGCUUGUAGAAGACACAAAAGAUGGCAUCUGGCUGGUUCAGGUCAUAGCAAAUGACAGAAGUCCCUUGGUUGGUAAAAUCCACUGGGAGAAAAUGGUGAAAAAGGUGUCAAGAUUUGGAAUACGAACAGGCACUUUUAAUUGUUCCAGUGACCCCAGAUACUGCAGGAGAAGAGGCUGGGUACGAUCCACACUCAUUAUGUCUGUCCCACAAACAAGCACUUCUAAAGGGAAAGUCAUGCUUAAAGAAUAUAGUGGACGCAAAAUUGAAGUAGAACACAUUUUUAAGUGGAUAACUGCUCAUGCAGCUUCUCGGAUCAAAACCAUUUAUAAUGCUGAACACUUGAAAGAAGAAUGGAAUAAAAGUGAUCAAUAUUGGGUAAAAAUAUACCUAUUUGCAAACCUUGACCAACCCCCAGCUUUCUUCUCUGCACUAAGUAUAAAGUUUACCGGAAGAGUUGAGUUUAUUUUUGUUAAUGUGGAAAAUUGGGACAACAAGAGUUACAUGACAGAUAUUGGUGUAUAUAACAUGCCAUCAUACAUUCUUAGAACUCCUGAAGGAAUUUACAGAUACGGAAACCACACAGGUGAAUUUAUAUCCCUUCAGGCCAUGGAUUCAUUUUUGCGCUCAUUGCAACCUGAAGUAAAUGAUCUGUUUGUUUUGAGCUUGGUUCUAGUUAAUCUUAUGGCUUGGAUGGACUUAUUUAUCACACAAGGAGCAACCAUAAAGCGAUUUGUGGUUCUCAUAAGCACUUUAGGGACAUAUAAUUCUCUAUUAAUUAUUUCCUGGCUACCUGUGUUGGGCUUUUUACAGCUCCCUUACUUAGAUAGCUUUUAUGAAUAUAGCUUAAAAUUAUUGAGAUAUUCCAAUACAACCACACUGGCUUCAUGGGUAAGGGCAGACUGGAUGUUCUAUUCUUCACACCCGGCCCUGUUUCUCAGUACGUACCUUGGACAUGGUUUACUAAUCGAUUACUUUGAGAAGAAGAGACGGCGCAACAACAACAAUGAUGAAGUCAAUGCCAAUAACUUAGAAUGGUUAUCAAGUCUGUGGGACUGGUACACCAGCUACCUCUUCCACCCGAUUGCUUCUUUUCAGAACUUUCCUGUAGAAUCUGAUUGGGACGAAGACCCUGACUUAUUCUUGGAGCGGUUAGCUUUCCCUGACCUUUGGCUUCACCCUCUGAUACCAACUGAUUACAUAAAAAAUUUGCCAAUGUGGCGAUUUAAAUGUCUUGGAGUCCAGUCUGAAGAGGAAAUGUCAGAGGGUUCUCAAGAUAUUGAAAAUGACUCAGACAGUGAGAGCACAGACACUUUUAGCAGUGAAAAGGAAGUAUUUGAAGAUAAACAAAGCAUAGUUCACAAUUCUCCAGGAAGAGCAAGUCACUGUGAUACUGAGGCUUGUUCAUGUGCCAAUAAAUAUUGUCAGACCAGCCCAUAUGAAAGGAAGGGGAGGUCAUAUGGAUCAUAUAAUGCUAAUGAAGAUAUGGAACCUGAUUGGUUAGCUUGGCCUGCUGAUAUGCUGCACUGUACUGAAUGUGUUGUUUGCCUAGAGAAUUUUGAAAAUGGAUGUUUGCUAAUGGGGUUGCCUUGUGGUCAUGUGUUCCAUCAGAAUUGCAUUGUGAUGUGGUUGGCUGGGGGCCGACACUGUUGCCCUGUUGCCGGUGGCCCUUCUUAUAAAAAAAGCAGCCAUAUGCACAACACCAGCCCUUGUCAAAUGAUGUCCCAUCUUAACCAUGUGCAAUUUGUCCUUUAUAAGCUUUGAGUAUCUUACAGCUUGCCUUUUUAAUGUUAGUCACAAUGUUUUUGUGGUUUGAAGUUUAGUUUAAUGUUAGUGCAGUGACAGGAAAUACACAUUAUGCUAAUGUUGAUAAUUACUUGGUUGCCUUGUGUGUCAAUUGAAUGCAUACUUAAUUGUAAAAAUUUUUAUUUACAACAUUGGAAAUUCAGAAGUUAAUGUUUUUUGUAAGCACAAAAGAAGUAUGAUAGAAAUUUAUCCUAGCAAGACUUUACGAGGUAGGAUCAAAUUCUAAUGGAAUUGAGGCAGUUUCUUAUCCUAAAUGUUUCCUCUCUUUUUACAAUCUCUGUCCAGCACCUCUUGGUUAAAUAAUGUAUGCUCUGAGACAUGAAAUUAAAACAGACCUAUGAAAUAAAUUAUUUUAAAACCAGAA